CUCCAACUCCAAGUGUUCGAGCUUAAAAGCAGAUGGAACAACUUUGCUGGUGAGUUCUUCUCUAUCUCUCUCUAAAAGUUGAAGAAAUGCAGAUUCUCUAAAACAUUAUUACUCUGCUUUCAUUUCCCACUUUUCAAACAUGAGAGGAAUCGAUAUAUUCUGCGCAUCCCAAGCUGCAACCGCCAUACGUGCUUCCACCAUGGACGAAGCUUCCUCCUCCUCCAUCACCGCCACCGCCGCCACCAUCCACCUAGGCCGAGCCAUCGACCGCCACAAUCCCAUCAUCAGAGACCCCAAAAGAAUCACCAAAUCGCUCCCUCCUUGCUCUUCUCAACUACCCAUUACGCCAAAACCUCUCAACCCCACUAAUCAUCACCACCACCACCAUGCCAUCAAGAGUACUAAAAACAGCAUCUUCAAGGCAAAUAAUGAUAAUCAUCAGAGCUCCAAGAAGAGCUCAUCGAAACCACCAAGUGAUGAUGACAAUAAGAAGAAGAAGAAAAAGGGUUGUGCUAAGCCAAGUGAGCAGAGUAUCAUUCUGAGGAAGAGCUGCGUUAAUAGGCCUGGUGAUUUUAUCAGCCCUCCUGCUUCUACAAGGUACCUGUUGGGUGAUAGAACAACCUUCUUGGAUGUGUUGUCAGACAAUUUUGACCCUGUUUUAGCAUUGGUUCCAGUGGAAAAUAACAACAGGUCUCAAGCUCAUGAUCAUGUGAAAACAGAGGAAUCCUCUUCUUCAAAACCACCCUCUGAUCAGGUGGUUGUUUUGAGGGUAUCACUCCACUGCAAGGGCUGUGAAGGAAAAGUUAGAAAACAUAUCUCUAGAAUGAAAGGGGUGACAUCCUUCAACAUAGACUUUGCAGCUAAGAAGGUAACAGUUAUCGGGGAUGUCACGCCAUUGGGAGUCCUCGCGAGCGUGUCAAAGGUGAAGAGUGCGCAGCUGUGGACGCCUGCAAUGUCAUCUUCUGCCCCGAUUGGUGGCUCGAGUUAUGCAGAAGUCAAGAAACAACACAAGGGAGUUGGUGCAUGAGAAGAAAUUAGAGCAGUGCAAAAAUUUACCCAAGGUUGUGUGUUGCAGUGCUGAAAUGUAGUGUACAUGAAGUGUUAGAAUGAAGUGAAUGGUUCUUAAAUUUUAACUAGUUCUAGACUUCUAGUAUAGUUAUGGACCAAGACUCAUGUGGUAUUAUUAUUAUGAUUAUUAUUAUUUUCUUA